AUGCCCACCAUCGCUAAAUUGUUCAAGCAAGUCGAGGCUCUCGUCUACAACCAGCGCGCCAUCGCCGACACCGAGACGCGCGUCUCCGUCGCCGAGAACGGGGACAAUUUCCACAUCCGUUGGAGCGCACACCCUGACGCCCCUGGGGUCCCGCUCGCUGAGCUCUACCAACUGGCACGCAGACUCGUGGAUGCCUACCGUGCGGACGCGGACAAUAUCAUGGUCACGCUCACCGAAAAUGGCCAGGGCUUCCGCCUGCGUUGGAUCUACAAUGGCGCGGUGCCGCCGCAGCCGCGUCAUAUAGACGGGGACAUGAGCCUGAGGGCGUUAGCGGAUCCUGACGCCGCGUCUGAGGCGUCCUCGACUUCAGACGGGGAGUUUAUGGUUCUGUCUGACGAGGAAGACGACGAUACGACGAUAAAUGGCGAGGAGGUGAACGAGCACGAUAUGCACCCGGAUGACUUGACGAACCAUAUUAUGGUGGGCCUUCGAGAGGUAGGGCGGGGGUUGGAUGAAGACGGACGGGUUGUUCCUCUUGAUGGAGCAAGACGCUCUGAGGCAGGGCUCGACGCUCCUCAGCAAGAUCGUUCUGACUCGACUGGCUCGAACCAUAACAACAUUGAUGAGGCCCGGUCGCCUACGCCAGGGCCCUCUCGCCCUAGUGCCUCAAGGGGCGCACAGCCGCUGGGGCGGACGGACACCGAGAUUGUCGACCACAGGGCUGGAGUUCGUCCCGGAAACGUCAAUGCACGUCAAAACUAUAGGCUCGCACCAGGUUUCCAGAAGCAAAUUGAGGAAGAGAUGGCUCGUGAGUUCCGUCGCCGCUGCUGCGGCAAGAACCUCAGGAGCCCCGCUAAACGCAAGUAG